GGCGAGGCCCGCGCCCGCCUGGCCGGGAGUCACGUGGGCGGCGCGAAGAUGGCGGCGCCCGCCGCGACCUUCCGCUGGCUGCUGCCGCGGAGCCGCCCGCUGCUGUCCCGCCCGGGGCUGGCCGCCGCCGCCGCUGCCCGGCCCUACGGCGUGCGGGUCUCCGACACCGGCGAGCUGGUGACGCACACGGGGCAGGUGUAUGACGAGAAGGAUUAUAGAAGAGUUAGAUUUGUUGGACGACAAAAGGAGGUGAACAAGAAUUUUGCAAUUGAUUUGAUAGCAGAGCAGCCUGUGAGUCAGGUUGAAAGCAGAGUGAUAUCGUGCGAUGGUGGUGGUGGAGCUUUGGGACAUCCCAAAGUAUACAUAAACUUGGACAAAGAGACAAAGACCGGAACAUGUGGCUACUGUGGACUCCAGUUUAAACAGAAACAUCACUGAAUGGUUAUCCCUGUGUGCUUGCAGAUUUCUGUUCAGAUGUUAAUGUUCAACUAUAAAUAAACAAUAUAUUUAGAAAGCCCA